AUGAGGGAUGAUUGGAAUAAGGAAAUUCCUCAAUUUUGGAUCGACAAUGGACUCAAUGAAGAAACUCUUCCAAGAUACUACCUUUAUUUGAGCAUCGUUGUUUACAUCUUCCUGAUUCUGUCCACGGCAAACUACAUCUUCACCUGGUGGACUCGUAAGAAUCUAGCCCCUCUCAAGCGCCUCGGAGAAGAGCCCCUCACGAAAAUCGAGCAGUAUUCUCAAAACUGUCGCCUCGGACAAGAGCCUGCGAUGAAUUUUAUUUCCUCGGCGUUGAUUACGAAUGACAGAGCUUAUAUCGUCAUCCGAUGCAUUUUGGCUUUUUCUUCAUUGUUUUUGACAGUUUCGGCGAAUGAAGGAGUAAGAUCCAUUUUUCUUGGAGCAUAUUAUCCCUUAGCCCUUAUCAUGACAAUAUACGUCAACUUCAACCGCGAACUCAUCAUCGAAGGUUUCGGAAACAAAGCUCAAUUCCUGAACAAACUCCUUUCCUGGCUCCUCACCAUUCAAGUGCAGCUGCGUCUCUUCAUCUGCAUCAGUUGGUGGACUCAAUGGCUCGGAAUUUGUCGAUACCGAGACAUGGCUCGCGCCGCAGAGCUUUCUAGAGCGCUUUUAUUCACUAAGGAGUUCAGUCCGCCGCUCUUUCUGCUCGUUGAAAUUUUGUGGUUUGAUUCGAUGUUUAAAUUUGCUGGUGUUUGGCACAUCAUCUUCGCUGGCAAUUUGGUCGGAGCUGGAAUGCUUAACGAUGGAGUACCGGAACCUCCGCAAGCUAUGCUGUACAUGCCAGAACGACCGGCGCCUUCAGUAAUUCAAGCAACAAUUUUCGUCUUCGGGAUGAUUUUCAUACAGUUUUUCCUCUCCACCAUCUGUCUCCUGAAAAUCUGGAUAUUCAAAAAACUUCCCGUCAUUGGCGACAGAAUGAGAAAUCGACAGAACUGCAUUGCGAUUUUCACAAAACGACAAGCUCUGAACAAGUUUAUGGGAGCAGCAGCGAUGGAGAAACGAAAAACAACGACGAAUGGAGCUUAUAAGAAUUUUGGUAGAAGAUCGACUUUGAGAAGAUCUACUGUUGAACAAGCUCGUUAA